CGACCUGGGACGAGCUCGCCACCGGCCCACCUCAAACAUGAGGGCGUCCUCGGCUGCGUCUCUGCUUCUAGCCCUGGGAUUGAUACAUCCGGCCAACCUGUCGUUUUCUGCCCUUCCUGAAGACUUGGAGGGCUCAGAGUAUGACCAGGACAGUUCCGGAUCUGGUUCAGGGGAUUGGUCAGAACAAGUCUCACCAGGCGAAAUAACAAACACCCCGCAUCGCCCCAAAAGCAAAGACCAGAACUUUGACGGUACCCACUGGCCUGCAAAAGACACUGAAUCAUAUGUUAUUAUGGCAAACAGCAAGAGCUUCUUGGAGAACCAACAGAUCUUUGCAGGUAUCGUUGCCGGAGGAUUAACAGGAGUGACACUGGCUGCAACACUGGUGGCAAUAUUAAUCUACAAAUGGCACAACAGAGAUUAUGGAGGAUACAUCCUGGGCAAGCACAUCCGCAGGGAAUAAGUUGUGCAACUGUCCACACUUCUGAAAAACUGUCACACCAAUGUUGAUGAAGCUACCAGGCUAAUUUCCCUACCUUGGGGAGCCACUGUAAAUUCAUUCUUUCCUCAGAUUUUUUGGGGGGCUGCACAGGGAAACAGAGUUAUUCUCGCACUGAAUGCAAAUCAUCUGUUGUCGUUUAUUGAUAAUUUAUUUAUUGAUAUGCUCAAAUAUGAGGAAUUGUCUUAAUCUGAUGACAUUUCCGUUGCUUAUCUUUUACAAAGCUUUGAAAAUUGCUUCAUUUUUACCCAGGGCCGUAGUACUGUAGCUACCGUAGAGGAUGCAGAGGCCAUGUCCUCUGUAUUUUAACUGACUUGAUGUUUUGCUACUAUGUGUUACUUUGAUUUUUUUUUUUUUUUUUUU